AUGAAAAAUAAUGUGACUGAAUUUCUUCUUGUUGGACUGACCCAAGACCCAGCAAGAGAGAAAAUAGUAUUUGUCAUCAUCUUGAUUUUCUACAUUGCCACUAUUUGGGGGAACCUGCUUAUCAUUGUCACCAUUAAGAACAGUUCCUCACUUAGGUCCCCCAUGUACUUCUUCCUGACCUAUUUGUCUUUUUCAGAUGCUUGUUUUUCCACCACCACAGCCCCAAGACUCGUAGCAGACAGUCUGCGUAGGAGGAAGAGCAUCUCCUUUGAUGAGUGCAUGCUCCAGUUAUUUACAGGACACUUCUUUGGCUGCAUGGAGAUUUUGGUUCUCAUCUUGAUGGCCUAUGACCGCUAUGUGGCCAUCUGCAAACCUCUACACUACUUGAGUAUCAUGAGUAGGAAGGUAUGUAGGAUCUUGGUGGAAUUAGCCUGGGUGGGGUCAUUUGUGCAUUCCAUUGCCCAGCUCUUCAUUGCCUUGAAUUUACCCUUCUGUGGUCCCAAUGUAGUCAACCACUACUUCUGUGAUUUGCAACCCUUGAUGAAAUUGGCCUGUACUGACACAUAUGUGUUAAACCUCUUGGUUGUUUUUAACAGUGGAGCCAUCUGCGCAGUGAGUUUUAUAUUGCUAAUGAUCUCCUACAUUGUUAUCUUAUAUUCUCUGAGAAAUCAGAGUAGAGAGGGGAGGUUAAAAGCUCUUUCUACCUGCAGCUCUCACAUCAUUGUUGUCCUCAUAUUCUUUGGCCCCUGUAUAUUCAUAUACAGCAGGCCACUGACCACUUUUCCUGUGGAUAAGUUGGUGGCUGUUUUUUAUGCCAUUGGAACUCCUUUGCUCAACCCUUUGAUCUACACACUGAGGAAUAAAGAAGUUAAAACUGCUAUGAGGAAACUAUGGAGCAGCAGGAAAACUUUACAUAAAAAGUAA